AUGGCCAGCGGGAGCGCCCAGCAGACUGAGCGCGUCUUUCUGCUCCUGAGUAAUAUUCAAGAAGCUCCCCCAGCCCAGUGUCUCUGUAUUAACUUGGCACAUUCUUUCUCUGCAGGCUUGCACCUAUUUCAAGCUGUUCUUGGUACAACAGUGACCCCAUUAUGUGGACCAAAUGAAACUGAGAGCUGUACCACUGCUCUGGUUCGAACAGAAAAUACCCCUCGUGCGGCUCACGUUUUGUUCAAAAGCUGCAAGGCUGACAUGCGAAACUACUGCAUGAAUGGGGAGUGUCGGUACAUCUUGGAUUUGAACAAACACUCCUGCAAGUGUCAUAUGGGCUAUUUUGGUUCCCGGUGUGAGCUAUCCAAUUUAGAAGUUAUACAAUUGCCCCUGAGCAAGGAAUACCUGGCACUGACUAUUCUCAUGGUUCUGAUUUUCUUCAUGGCAAUUUCAGUUGCAAUCUAUUUCUACUACAGAUGGUAUGAGAACAAGAGGCGAAAGCUUGCUGCAAGGCGUAACUAUGAAGAGGUUGCUACAGAUACUGAAAAAGACCCUGCGCUGCUUCAUGUGUGAAUUAAGAGACUUCGAGAAACCAUUUAUUUAAUAUUAAAACUUAUUUUAAUAAUAAUAUUUAUGUUCAAAGCAAAAGAAUUUCAAGACAAUGUUGAUAAGAUUACAUGUACAGGUCAAAAAGGCUAUUUUUUUAUAAAUAAUAUUUGUAUUUUAUUUUUUAUUCUAUUUUAUUUCUGUGUUAACAUUU